GGGGAGGAGGAGGAGGAAGAGCCCCGGCCUGCAUUUGCUGUGGCGGCAGCGAGUGACCCGCCUGGCUGCUGCUGCUGCGGCCGCCCUCCUUCCUUCCUUCUUCCCUUCCCUGCCCACGGCAGAGCCCAUUGGGAGGGGGACGGGAGUCCGUAACGAGCCGUCCCUGGCGGGGCCUUCUCCUCCACCCGGUCUCUCUCUCUCUCUCUCUCUCUCUCUCUGCGCCCGGCACUCGGGGAGCCAUUCUCGCUCUCGCUGGCUCAGUUCCUGCCCAGCGCUAUGGCGGCGGCGGCGGCGGCGGCGGAACCCAGCAAUAGCGGCCGAUACCAGCAGUUGCAGAAUGAAGAGGAGCCUGGUGAAAAUCUGGAAGCUGUGAAUGAUUUUCCGCCUCCUUACAGCAGCAUUUCUGGAGAAAACUCAGUGUAUUUUGACUACAAAGAUGAGUCUGGGUUUCCUAAACCCCCUUCUUAUAAUGUAGCCACAACACUGCCUACUUAUGAUGAAGCAGAGAGGACUAAGGCAGAAGCUACUAUUCCUUUAGUUCCUGGAAGGGAGGAGGACUUUGUGGCACGAGAUGAUUUUGAUGAUACUGACCAGCUGAGGAUAGGAAAUGAUGGCAUUUUCAUGCUGACUUUCUUCAUGGCAUUCCUUUUCAACUGGAUUGGAUUCUUCCUCUCUUUCUGCUUGACUACUUCAGCAGCAGGAAGAUAUGGGGCUAUUUCUGGAUUUGGUCUCUCUCUCAUUAAGUGGAUCUUGAUUGUUAGGUUCUCCACUUAUUUCCCUGGAUACUUUGAUGGUCAGUACUGGCUGUGGUGGGUGUUCCUUGUAUUAGGCUUUCUCCUGUUUCUCAGAGGAUUUAUCAAUUAUGCAAAGGUUCGGAAGAUGCCAGACACAUUUUCCACUCUGCCCAGGACUCGAGUUCUCUUUAUUUACUAAAGGUAACACCUCAACUGAUGUUUUCUGGCACCGUUUUCCUGCAUCAAUGAAUUCUCCCUCAAGUAGUAAGUGGACACCUGCAGGAAAUGAAUCAAGACUCUGAACACAGAAGAAGAAGAAAAAAUUAAUCACCUGCUCUAAAAUAAAUAAAGUACUGUUUUAAAAAAAAUGAUGCAUUUCUUUCUAUUUGUUUCUAGAUGUAAAAUUUUAAUAGUUUACUGCAGAAUUCCUGUAAUCAUUGAAUCAUUAGUGGCUAAUGUUUGAAACGGCUCUUGCAAUCAAGUCUGUGAUGUUACUAAUAAUGCCUUACAUAGUAUUUGUAGUUAAAUAGCAUGAGCUAUUGCCCUGUAGCCAGAAGGGGUCAGUCUUGCUUUUUGUUCUCCUUAAAAAAUGAACUUGGAAUAUGUCUCUUAGUGUAAGAUAUGUAAUAAUGCUGGCCAUUGUGAAAGGGUUGUUCUUGGAACAUUAGAAACUUGUUUUGACUGUAUUUCCGCACAUAUGUAUCUGUUGUUAAAAUAAAAUGAAAACAACCUGGAAGAAAAAGCCUACAUGCACAAUAUGGAUGUUUUUAUGAAACAGUGAUGAAAGAUUAUUGCUGAGAAGGUGGUACAAGUAUUGCAUUUUUGUAAUAUGUAUUCAACAUUUCUUACUGUCGUCUUGCGCUUUUUUGGGAUAGGGACUCUUGUAGUCUGUCUUGGAUGUCAUCAAAUUAAAACAGUUUGAUGAUGCCAGAUAUAGAACCAGAAAGCAAUUCA